AGUGCCAAGAACGCAGGGCAGAGCAGGGCAUGGCAGGCCCUUGAGGAACAAACGCAACAAGACCCAGUUCAUGUUCAAGAUAACAGACAAAAAUCCUAACUCUAAUGUCCUAGGUUUCUCCAUCCCACUUUCGUCUUCUCCCUCGCUUCUGGGUAGUUAGAAAGUUUUCAUCUUGACCGUACCCAGAAGUUCAAGACACCCAAGGCAUGGACAAACCAUAGAAAUCAAGGAAAGGAAAGCAAAGUCUCAUAGCCAUAAACCUCUCUCUUUUCUCUCUCUCUUUCUCACGUACCAAACAUUUAUUGCCGGCAUUCAAUUCAAGCUGGCGGAAUUCAAAAGUUGAAGAAAAGUGUGAACUGAUCCCCCUCUUCGUUGCUCAAACGUUUCUCCAAUUAAAUUCAACCUUAAAUUAAAACUCCAUCAAAGGGUACUCACCACAAGGGAGGCCAAAACCAAACUUGCUUCACUGUUCUUAUCAUAAGAUGCUGUUUGAGGCUUUGGUUUUGCCAUCUGGAGUAGAAAGAUUGAUACGAAAAAGGUGUUUCCAGGUUUGAUUUUAGAAGAAUUUGAUUUCCGUAAGCUGAUUUUCAUAGAGAGUUAGGAUUAUUGGGAUGCAAGGAGUGGCAAAGGUGAUGGAGGAGAGUAAGGACCUUGGUCAGACUGUUAGAACAGGCAUACUGAGGACGUUGCCACUGAGGGUCCUCCAAUUUCUCUUGUUGUUUUUUAUUCUGUGUCUGGGGUUUGCAAUCAUUAGUAUGAAUACAUUCCGGUUUUUUUCUGUCCAACCAAUAGCUCCUGUAGCACCAUCCAUCUUUGUAACUUGUGUUGAAGAGGCUGAUAGCAUAGAGAGUUGGAUUAGGCCUCCUUCAAACCUGAUGCAUACCAUGAAUGACACCGAGUUGUUAUGGAGAGCUUCAUUUGUUCCUCAAAUCGCAGAUUAUCCUUUCGAAAGAGUUCCCAAGAUUGCCUUCAUGUUCUUGACAAAGGGGCCACUACCCUUAGCUCCUCUAUGGGAGAGGUUUUUUGAGAGGCACGAAAGGCUCUAUUCAAUAUACAUUCACACACUGCCAUCUUAUUAUGGUGACUACCCAUCUUCAUCGGUAUUCCACAAGAGGCAAAUACCAAGUCAGGAGGUGGAGUGGGGAAAGAUAAGUAUGUGUGAUGCGGAAAGGAGGCUUCUGGCUAAUGCACUGCUUGAUAUUUCCAAUGAAUGGUUCAUCCUCCUGUCUGAGUCAUGCAUCCCUCUCCACAACUUCAGCACAAUCUAUCGCUACAUAUCAAGAUCACAGCAUAGCUUUGUGGGCUCAUUUGAUGAUCCUGGACCCUAUGGAAGAGGACGUUACGAUCAAAGAAUGGAACCGGAGGUAACCCUCAGCCAAUGGAGAAAGGGGUCUCAGUGGUUUGAAGUUAAUAGGAAACUAGCAAUCAAUAUACUUGAGGAUAUCACCUAUUAUCCAAAGUUUAGAGACUUCUGCCAGCCAGCCUGUUAUGUAGAUGAGCACUACUUCCCUACAAUGCUGACUAUCCAAGUUCCUCAACUCUUGGCAAAUCGUUCUCUUACAUGGACAGACUGGUCAAGGGGUGGUGCUCACCCAGCGACAUUUGGGAAGUCUGACAUAAAUGAAGAACUAUUUAAGAAAAAUUUUGAAGGUCAGUUUUGCCUUUACAAUAACCAGCCCUCUUCUUGGUGUUAUCUUUUUGCAAGAAAGUUUGCUCCUAGUGCCUUGGAACCUCUAUUAGAAUUAGCUUCCACUGUUUUGGGGUACUGACUGGGGUUACUUGCAAAGAUAGUUGACAUGGAGUUUUCAUUACUGCUGGUGAGUUUGGUCAUGAGUUAAGCUAAAGCUGUCUUUUAGGAGUAUUUUGUCCCAUUUUUACCCUGUUGUAUCUCUCUUUAUAAAUAUCAAUAUAAAAG